AACAGUAGAGUUGCAUGAUGGUUAAAUGUAAGCUUGUUGAGAGUCAGUAAUUUCGUAGAACGGUGAGGCGCUGGCUUUGUUUACACUUGGUAAAAAGAUUCAAAGAAUUUGUUUUGAAUAAAACGCCCCCUGCUGAAAACAGUCGUCAAGGCAUUAUACGAUCCGAAAACGAAAAGGAAACCUUGGUAGUAUAGCAGUUCUGUCAACAGCUUAUUUCCGUGUUAUACUCUUCUUAGAGUCGCCACUCAGAUUUUAUUAUAUAGAGAGUCAUGGUUUCUAGUAGAUUUGUUCGACUAGCUAAGAAAGUGGUGCUUUUCGUGUGUCUUCUGUUGGUAUUAUUUCUUCUGUGGUAUUCUGGUGAAUAUGGGAAUUUAGAAUAUGAACCCAUUGAACCUGUAGUUAAAGAAGGGCCGGUAUACAAGCAACAGCUACCAAUCAUAUAUAUUGUAACACCAACAUAUAAACGUGCUGCACAGAUGGCUGACAUGACAAGGCUAGCACAAACACUACAACUAGUUCCCAGUAUUCAUUGGAUUGUUGUCGAAGAUUCUGAAAACCUGACUCAGCCUGUAAGUAACCUACUGAGGCGAACGGGAGUCCCCUUUACUCAUCUUUGUUCAAAGAAGCCUAAAAAUAAAACAAACCCCACAUCAGGCCGUGGAGUUGCUAAUAGGAUGAAGGCCAUCGAGUGGCUCAGAAACUCUUCCAUCAACGAUGGUGUGCUGUAUUUUGCAGAUGAUGAUAAUUCUUAUGACGUUAGAAUAUUUGAAGAGAUGAGAUGGACAAAGAAAGCAAGUGUCUGGCCUGUGGGUUUGGCAUCAAAGUAUUCUAUUAGUUCUCCUAUACUGAAAGACGGGAAAGUUAUAGGUUUUCACGAUGGGUUUAAAAGAAGCAGGUUAUUUGCGGUCGAUAUGGCGGGAUUUGCUGUUUCUAUCAGACUUUUAAAACAAAGUAAGAACCCUUCAAUGCCUUACAGAUUAGGACACCUGGAAGAUGGAUUCCUAAAAAGCUUAAAAAUCAAGAUGAGAGAUUUGGAACCAAAAGCAGCUAACUGUACAGAGGUUCUGGUGUGGCAUACAAAAACACUUUCAAAGAAGAUGCCAUCUUGGGAAAACGUCAAGAAAGAAGAAGAAACGUUCACCCAAUCUAAUCUCAAGGAAUUGUAUUCUAAAAUUUUAAAUUAAGUCGUACUGACAUUAGCGUUUAUUUUAAUGUGGUUUUUUUUAUAUAUAUAUUUACAGAGAUUUCCACACUGAAUGUUGUCGGAUUUAUUGUUGUUCACCAAAAAUAGUUAAAAUAAACUUUUUAGGCUGAUGGGAAUUAUGUAACAGUGUAAGAUGAAUUGUAAUUUGUGUAGUUUUUUUUCUUCUAAUAACUUACUCUUUGGACGGUAUUAAAGUCCGAUUAAUCAAAACAUAUUUGGGCAGUUUCGAUGUUGAAUUCAAAUGCACCGCUCUAAAUAAAACUAUAUAAAACCAUAUCAUAAAGUUUCAUUUUUCCAAAGUUUAUCAUUGUUGAAGUUAUUUAUGUAGUAGACUUUAUUUAUUAUUAUUUUUAAU